AUGGCACCGAAAACCAGUGGAAAGGCCGCCAAUAAGUCCGGAAAGGCGCAGAAAGUCAUCGUCAAGGGAGAGAAGAAGAAGAUGAGACAGUGCAGGAAAGAAAGCUAUGUCAUCUACAUCUACAAGGUGUUGAAGCAGGUCCACCCGGACACCGGAGUCUCGUCGAAGGCCAUGAGCAUCAUGAACAGCUUCGUCAAUAUGACAUCUUCUAACGUAUUCCUGCUGAGUCGUCCCCUGCUGCCGGGUGAGGUGGCCAAGCACGCUGACUCUGAAGGAACCAAGGCCGUCACCAAGUAA